AUGCAACCGACUGAUCGGGAUAGUCGAUGCUGGUGUUUGAAAAAAAAAUUUCGGUGUAGCUCUAUAAAUAAGUUGCUGGUGGGAGAGUGUGUUGUACAUUGGACCGAGGGAAAUCUCGUGUUUCUCUCUUAUCCUAGAUCCAAAAUACUUUGUUAUCGUUACGUCUGUCAUUUUGACAAGCCAAAUGGACCUACUGUUGAUGUUCCUCCUGCUGCUAAAUUCAGAAAGGGUCUGAGGUGUUACCGGUGUUUUACCAUAGACGGUGAAUGUAGACGGAACAGUAUGUAUGUUAUGCUGUGCAAUUUGCCUUCUACGCCGGUAAGCACAUAUGACAACGUGGGGUUUAACUUGUCGGCGUUCCAAAUCAACUUGGACUUCGAAGCUCUCGCUGGUUCCCGAAAACCAUACGAGGAAAACGUCUGCGUUAAUUUGAUUAUGUCGUAUUUUGAGGAGGAGCAACACGAUGUUGACGUGCUACCCAGAAUAUUACAGUUCAAGGACUGCGUGUCUGAGAAAAUAGCAAAGAAGAUUAGUUCAAGAUCGAAGUUAAUUGCAAAACAAAUUCAGGCUCAUUAUUUUUUUGAAACUUGCAACGUUUCUUUUUGCAAUUCAUUUAUUAAGGUGAAACCAAAAUUCUAUCAUUUACUAUUUGUUGCUAUUUUACGUUAUUGUUGAGGAGAUAAAAUAAAAGUCAUAUUUGAUUUGC